UGUCACUCCAGUGUCAGCUUAGCAUAACUACUUUCCCUGUGCUAUCCGCUUCUUUCUAACAGAGUUUUAUCGAUAUAAAGUGUCCUUCUCUACCUCAGCUGCUACAAGAUGGCUGGAAACUUCUGGCAAAGUUCUCAUUAUCUGCAGUGGGUUUUGGACAAGCAGGACCUGAUGAAAGAGCGUCAGAAGGAUCUGAAGUUUCUGUCAGAAGAGGAGUACUGGAAGCUGCAGAUUUUCUUUGCUAAUGUGAUCCAAGCUUUGGGGGAACACCUGAAGCUGAGGCAGCAGGUCAUUGCCACUGCAACCGUUUACUUCAAACGCUUCUAUGCCAGGUAUUCCCUGAAAAGUAUAGAUCCAGUGCUCAUGGCUCCUACCUGUGUUUUCCUGGCGUCUAAAGUUGAGGAAUUUGGUGUUGUGUCCAAUACCAGGCUGAUCUCUGCAGCCACAUCAGUGUUGAAAACCAGAUUUUCCUACGCCUUUCCAAAGGAGUUCCCCUACAGAAUGAAUCAUAUAUUAGAAUGUGAGUUCUACCUGCUGGAGUUGAUGGACUGCUGCCUGAUAGUGUACCACCCCUACAGACCGCUGUUGCAGUACGUGCAGGAUAUGGGACAGGAGGACAUGCUGCUGCCCCUGGCCUGGCGAAUAGUGAAUGACACAUACAGGACGGAUCUGUGUCUGCUCUACCCUCCCUUCAUGAUUGCCUUAGCCUGUCUGCAUGUCGCCUGUGUGGUGCAGCAGAAAGACGCCCGGCAGUGGUUCGCAGAGCUCUCCGUCGACAUGGACAAAAUCCUGGAGAUCAUCCGCGUCAUCCUGAAGCUCUAUGACCAGUGGAAAAACUUCGAUGACAGGAAGGAGAUAGCUGCUGUGUUGAACAAGAUGCCUAAACCCAAACCUCCUCCUAACAGUGAGAGUGACCAGAGCUCCAAUGGGAACCAGAGCAACUCCUACAGCCAGUCUUAGCGUGGUGUCUACAUUUCCGUGCGAAUCCAUAAUGUUGAUGUAGCGAGGGGUGUCACAGCACGACCUCUGUGACGUCAGCUGGAGAAAACACACAUCACAUUCCAGCCGAUCUUUGACCAACACCCCCGACAAACUGUGAGAGCCACGUCUUCACUUUUCCCCCUUGAUCAUUAUGGGUUUAUGAAUUGAGCGGGCAGCUGCUGACGUGUCUCGCUGAGGCCGUGUGCUGCGCUCCUGACUUGAAAUGAAGUAAAAACUGAGGAACAUUUGGAGGUAAAGGGGGGGGGGGGGGGCUGUGGGGAAAACUGAUGUGAUGGUUCAGUAGAAACCUGCUUUAAUGUCGUCGUGAUGAUCCUGAUGAUCCUUGAACAGCCCAGAGGAGCGAGUCCUUUCACGUGGAGCUCCGCGGGAUUCGAGAAAACUUGAUCACAAGUACUGUGUGUGUUUGUGUGUGUGUAUGUGUGAGUGUACAAUAUGCGUGACCAGUCUGGGUGGGUCUUCAUUCCUCAGGGACUAUAGUAGUCUUUUCUGUAGUGUGAUCUGAUCCCGUGCGGAUCUGAUUGGAUAUCACCCAGUGCAACUGUGAUGUGAUUGGAUGCCCAUGCCCUGUGAGGUCUCUGCUGGUUGAUCAUGAACCAUAGCAGGAAAAAAUCCCAUGAGAGGCUCCUGGUUACGGUAAAAUUAACUCUUUGAAUACAAGAAUUUACUGUUUUGAAUCAUGACAACUCCACCUCCUCCCUCCCUGUCCCUCCUCCCUUUUGUAAAUAGCCUUAUAAUUCUAUUCAUCUGUUUUAUCUUUCAUGUCUUUGCUUAAUUAAGGAAACUUAAAGGAACACUUUGACCCCCAAAUCACCAUUUGUAUAUCAUUUACUCACCCUGUGUUACGUUGAACUCAUGAAGAAAACGUACUUUUUUCUCACAUGCCUUCACAGUGAUUGAAAGAUCCAAAAACUCAGAAAAUAUAUUCUUGAUGAAUUGGAGUCAUAGGGGUCCAUGUUUAAUGACAGCAAAACUAUAUCAAAACAUUCAUCACACAGCUCUUGCAGUAUAAUCCAAAUCUUUAUUUAUCCAGUCGUAUGCUCAGUACUUUCCAAACGGAUGCCCUUUUUGACGGUGAACUGAACGGAAAGUGAAAAUGUUUAUGCUCUCUUCAAAGCCAGACUCCAUUGACAAAAACAGUAAAUUCAAUUUGCUGAACACGAGAGCUGCUGGUCUACCGCUGCCUUGAUCAUUUGGUUUGUUCAUGUCAUUAUGUGACUUUCGUGCGUAAAAAGUUUAGUUCAGAUUCACCAAAGUCACACAAUAAUACAGACAAACUAACUAAUGGAGGCAGUGGUAGACCAGCAGCUCCUCUGUUCAGUGAGGUAAAAUUACUGUUUUUGUCAAUGGAGUCUGGCUUUGAAGAGAGGAUGGAUGAGCUUUACUUUCAGCUCAGUUCCCUGUCGGAAAAGGCUGUCUGUUUGGGAAAUACUGAGCAUAUAAAUGAGGCUAGGAUCAUAAGUUUAUAACAGAUGUUUUGAUAUAGUUUCACUGUUGUUAAAUGGCAAUUGACCCUUCGCUAAGCCCCGCCCCUUUGUGAUGGUCCAACAAGCUGUCGCAGUAAGCAUGGAGCUCACACUGUGACUAACACAAAUGGUCAUUUGGGGGGUGAAGUUUUCCUUUCAAAUGGAAAUCAUGAGCUGAUUAUCUUUGUGAUUGUGCUUCAGAUUAAAGUGCCCCCGUUUGUUUCACCGUCAUGAUUCUGUUCGUCUGCUGCGAAGCUUAUUCUUGUUUUAUUGUUGUUAUUUUUUCAUUUAUUCUGCUUUAGUCGUAGAAUAAUUUGUUGCGUAAAGCUAUAUUUUGUAAAACUUUUUAAUUUGUCAAAGAAAGGCGCUUUUUGUUUUUUUGUUUUUUUUGGGACUUAACGCAAAUUACAAUCGUUCUAGAUUUGUCUGCAAACUUUUGGUUGUACAUUCUUCUUUUCGAUCUGCCAUCUAUUUAACCGCUGAAUUGUGGCGAUACGUGUGUGCAUAUAUCUGUAGAUGUCUCUAUAUUUUUGUGAUGUGAUACAGUGGGAGCUGUGUGUGGCUGUACUCAAAACACGGUGCUUGAAAAGCCUUACAACAUGAAAGCUGCUGGUUACAGAGAAAACACUUCAUAAAAGCACACUGUCCCGUUCAGACUGUAGGAUAUGUUUUAGGGUUGGAUGUUGCUGCGUUAUGUGGAUGCAUCUUUAUUGUUUUCCCUCAGUGGCUUCCUGUAGACUUCAUUCUGUCAAGAUUGGAAUAAACAAACAAAGGUACACAAACAUGGUUUUAAAGGCUGCUCGUCACUCGAGGAAAAGAGACAAGUGAGCCAGAGAAGCCACCGAGGCAAGUUGGAUGCAUCCUCGUCCUGCUUUGCCGUCUGGCAUUUUCCUCCCCUUCAGCAGGCUCCAUCUGUUACGUGACUGUUCACAUGAAUGACACGUGAAAAUUUAAAGGGCUUCACCUCACCUAAAUAAUCUCACUUCUCCUGGUUAAAAAAAACACAUUGCCCUAAAUUUGUUUUAUUACUUGAAGUCUCUGUUUAUGAUUUUUGGAAGAUCAUUUAUGGUAAUAAAAUGUAUGGUGUGCAACACAAA